GGAUUGUGUUUUUCUGGUAAGUAAAUUGCAGGGGGCGAUAAUGGCUGCAAAAGAGGGGAAACGUGAAGAGUUUGUAUACAGAAUCAGUACCGCCAUAGAAUGGGAAGAGUUGCAGAAGAAUGGGUCAACUCUGGGUGGAGAUCUUGAUAAGUCAACGGGUUGCUUCCAUCUUAGCAACCUCGAUCAGCCCACAUUGCAAAUUUUUUUCUUGGACAAUAAAGAGGAUCUCUACCUUCUUCAAGUUGAUACUAAGAAGCUUGGAGAUGGAUUGAUAUAUGAAGUUGUAGAUGGUGUGAAUAGCUUUCCUCAUUUCUAUGGGCCGGGGAGGAGUUUCAGUCCUCUUCCCUUGGAUGCAGUUGUGAGAGCAGAGAAAUUGUCUUUUUCAGAUGGUCAAUUCACUUGUAGCCUUCUGAGUUAAAUUGUGUAAUGGGUGUUUGUAUUUUGCCUUAAAGACAACACAGAGCUUUGUUGUUAAUGUAUGUUGUAUAAACAGCUGUUGAAGAAUAAGGGAUAGUUCUGAAGUAUUUUACUUGUUAGAGUUGGAUGGAUGUGGAAAUUAUAUUUAUAAAUGGAAUAAACUCAAGCCCAUCCUGCAUAA